AUGCCCACCAAGGCUGAGAGAUUGGCCGAAUUGAGGGCCCUUCGCGCCUCAGGAAAGAAGCGAAUCUCAACAUAUGAGGUUGAGGACCAAGGCGAUAUCUACGAUGAGGUUGACGAUGAUGGUUAUAAGAAGGUCAUCCGAAACCGACUUGACCAAGAUGAUUUCGUUGUCGACGAUAAUGGUGCCGGAUAUGCGGACGAUGGCCGCGAAGUAUGGAACGAGCAGACAGCUGAAUACGCCAGCGAUGACAGCGACGAGUUACCUGCACGAGGCAAGGCCGCCAAACGGAAGCGAGAGGAGGAACAACAGCGUAAAGAGAAAAUGAACAAUGGCAUUUCCAAGUAUUUCAACCAAGGACAGGCCACCGCUGCAGCUCCUAAGCCCAAGGCAAGUGACUUUUUUUUCUCUAUCGCGUACACGUCUGCGACAUGCGAGGACGAUGCAUUCAUGGCCGACCUGCUCGGAGAAGUCGAUACAAAUGUGGUCUCCAGAAACGCCCCAACCCGAAACAUCGUGAAGUCAGAGGCCCGACGCAAAGUCCGCGUUCUGUCACCGCCAUUGUCCGAAAAACGUCGCCGCGAGAAGGCCCGUAUUCCAGAUGAAAAUGAUAUGCCCAGCUCCCCAAUGAAAGCCCAAACCCUCCACUCUGACGACCUCGACGAUGGCCCCCUACCGAUGCCGGACGAUGACGUUCCAAUGAGCGACAUACUACCUUCUUCGCCGAUCAGCAAGGCAGUGGAGCGCAAGAAUAUCGCCAUAGUAAAGCCUGAAGAAACUGAAGACGACGACAUCGAUCUCAUGGACGUCACAGAGGUCACAGCGGACUCCGGCGUGAAAGCAGAGACUGUCAACAUGACCGGCCGCAGGCCACCCCCGAAAAUCAAACCCGAGGCUGUUCCGGAGCCGGCAAGCUCAUCCCCCGUGAAGACCAUGCCGGAGGUCAUGGAUGCUUCCUGGAAUGACGUGCGAAACAAGUUAAAUGUUCUUAGCAGCCCAGCCCCGGAAAUGCGGUCCUUUGGGAAAUUGAGGGCCCAGGAUGUUGUCGAAGAGGACGGCAGUCUGCGCAUGUUCUGGCUGGACUAUACAGAAGUCAAUGGUAGCCUUUGUCUGUUUGGCAAAGUCAAGAACAAGCAGAACGGUACAUUUACUAGUGCCUUCGUCAAGGUUGACAACAUUCUGCGAAAACUUUACUUCCUGCCCCGUGAGUACCGGCACAAGCACGGACGAGCGACUGAAGAAGAGGUUGGCAUGGAGGAUGUCUACUCAGAGGUUGACGAAAUGAUGUCGAGACUCAAAGUCGGAAUGCACAAGAUCAAGCCGUCCAAGCGGAAGUACGCAUUUGAAAUGCCGGGCGUCCCGAAAGAGGAGACGGAUUAUCUCAAGCUGCUGUACCCUUACGACAAGCCUGUCUUGCCAAUGGAGACCAAAGGAGAGACGUUCUCGAAUGUUUUCGGCACAAAUACUUCGCUGUUCGAGCAGUUUGUGCUAUGGAAGAAUAUCAUGGGCCCUUGCUGGCUCAAGAUUGACCAAGCUGACUUUGCCGCGGUGACCAAUGCUUCCUGGUGCAAAUUUGAAUGCCAGGCCUCCAAACCAGCGCUCAUCAGCCCUGUUCCAGACUCGGAAAAUCUGGACACUCCCCCCUUGACCUUCAUGAGUCUUGCGUUCCGAACCCAGCUCAAUGUUAAAGAGAACAAGCAAGAGAUUCUGGUGGCUAGUGCCAGAGUGUAUGAGGACAUCUCUCUCACCGACACCACACCCCCCGAAAAGCUUCCGUGCAAGACCUUCACCGUCAUGCGCCCUUCCAGUGGAUCUUACCCGAUGCACUUCGAAGCCGAAGCGAAGCAGCAACGGGGCACUAUCAUGCUGGAAAAGACCGAACAAUUCUUGCUCAGCAAGUUCCUAGCAUUGUUUGAAAAGAUGGACCCAGAUGUGAUUAUGGGUCACCAGCUACAGGAUGUUGACUUGGGCAUCCUUCUCAGCAGAAUGCGCGAGAAGAAGACGCCCGGUUGGCAUCGCAUUGGACGACUCAGACGCGGUGACUGGCCCAAGCAUUUCAACAAGGGUGGCAACUUUUUUGCCGAAAGACAGUUGAUUGCUGGAAGAUUGAUGUGUGACAUUGGAAACGAUAUGGGCAAGUCACUUAUGAUGAAGUGUCAGUCAUGGAGCUUGACCGAAAUGUGCCAGCUCUACCUUGGUCCAGGCAACGCACGACAGGAAGUUGACGUCGAAGCUGCGUUGAAGACUUGGGCAACCACCAAAGAAGGUCUUAUGAAUUUCGUCAACCAUUGCGACACUGACACAUAUUUUGUUGCUGCGUUGGUUCUACGUCUGCAAAUGCUGCCACUGACAAAGGUUUUGACAAAUAUUGCUGGUAACUCGUGGGCGCGCACACUUAGCGGUACACGUGCCGAACGGAACGAAUACAUUCUGCUGCACGAGUUCCAUCGCAACAAGUAUAUUUGUCCAGACAAGUAUUCUUCGCGCCUUCAGAAAGCAGAGGAGAAGACGCAGGAAGGCGAUGAUGACGAAGCUGUUGACAAGAAAAAGAAAGACAAGUUCAAGGGUGGUCUUGUCUUUGAGCCCGAAAAAGGUCUCUACGACAGAUUCAUCCUUGUCAUGGAUUUCAACAGUUUGUAUCCCAGUAUCAUCCAGGAGUACAACAUUUGCUUCACUACAGUUGACCGAACAGCCACAUCCGAGAAUGAGAAUGAGGAAAAGGUGCCUGAUGUUCCUUCCUCGGAACAAGAGCAAGGUGUUCUUCCUCGGUUGAUUGCAACACUGGUCGGUCGUCGACGCGAAGUGAAGAAAUUGAUGAAGGAUAAGCGUGCUACGCCCGAGCAAUUGGCAUUGUGGGACACCAAGCAGCUGGCCUUCAAACUGACAGCCAACUCUAUGUACGGAUGUUUGGGAUACACGCAGAGUCGAUUCUAUGCUCGUCCUUUGGCAAUGCUCACCACCUUCAAGGGACGAGAGAUUCUGAGGAACACGAAAGAACUGGCCGAAAGCCAGCAAUUGCGUGUUAUCUACGGUGAUACCGAUUCCGUCAUGAUCAACACCAAUAUGGAGAACAUGAGCGACGCUCUCAAAGUUGGUGAAGAGUUCAAGAAAGCAGUUAAUGAACGCUAUCGCUUGCUGGAGAUUGACAUUGAUAAUGUCUUCCGGCGACUCCUGCUGCAUGCCAAGAAAAAGUACGCCGCCGUCAAUCUUACCGAGGUGGACGGCAAGUAUGUCGAAAAACUGGAGGUGAAGGGUCUUGACAUGAAGCGACGUGAAUACUGCGCUCUUUCGAAGGAAGUCUCGUCAAAACUGCUCAACGAGAUUCUCUCUGGGGAAGAUCAAGAGGUCGUUCUCAACAAGGUUCAUGAAUAUCUGCGUGAGCUUGCAGAGAGGAUGAAGGAAAAUACAAUUCCGGUUCAGAAAUACGUGAUCUACACUAAACUAUCAAAACGACCCCAGGAGUAUCCUAACAAAGAAAGCAUGCCCCCCGCCCAAGUUGCUCUCCGGGACAUCGCCAGAGGCAAGAAUGUUCGGCCCAACGACGUUAUCUCAUAUAUUGUGACCAAUGGAGACUCGGAAACAUCAUCUCUCCCACCCGCAAAGCGAUCUUACAGCCCACAGGAUGUGAUGAAGAGUGACUCUGUACUGAAACCAGAUGUCGAAUUCUACAUUCUCAAGCAAAUUUUCCCUCCCAUUGAACGUCUCUGUGCCCCUAUCCCAGGAACUGAUGCCGUCCGCCUCGCUGAAUGCUUGGGUCUUGAUACACGCAAGUACCAGAUCAACACCUCCAGCUCCAACAGUCAGCAGAACGCGGAAAUUACCCCCCUCGAGUCUCAGAUCCCAGACUCAGUCCGCUUCGCCAACGCCACCCGCCUAUCCUUGAAGUGCCGAUCCUGCAAAGAGCGAUCUGUGUUUGAAGGGUUGGUAACUUCAUCCGACAUGUGUACCGCUCACGGGAUCGUGUGCUCCAACCAAGCCUGCCAAAAACCAUUCUCUGUUUUGACUAUCGUCGCUCAGGUUGAGAACCAGAUUCGCGAACAGACCUCACGGUACUAUGAAGGUUGGCUCGUGUGUGACGAUUCGUCGUGUGGAAACCGUACUCGACAGAUCAGUGUAUAUGGACAUCGCUGUCUGGGUCCCCGAGGCCGGGCAGAAGGCUGUCUGGGCCGCAUGUCGUACGAAUACUCGGAGAAGGAGAUUUACAACCAGCUUCUCUACUUCGCCGGUCUGUGGGAUGUUGAGAAGGCCAAGGCUUCCGCCGAGAAGGAAACCGGUGAAAAGAAAGACAACAUUUCCGCUCUUGCAGAGUUCAAUCGAACCAGAUUUGGCACAAUCAAGGGUGUGGUUGAUGGCUACUUGAAGAAGUGUGGUCGGCAAUGGGUUGAGAUGGACGGUCUGUUCCGCUUUAUGUUACAAUAG